GUGUGAUUGUGGGCCAUUACCUACAGAGAGUGACCCCCAGCGUAGCUCUAGGAGCAGAAUUAGUGUAUCAGAGGGGACCCCGGGUUCCCGGAGGAGAAAUCACCGUCAUCUCAUUAGCUUCCAAAAUUACAGGGGAAAAUUGGCAAUUCACAGCCAAUGUGUGCCCAUCAGCAGUAGCAGCACAUUGUUGCUACUAUCAUAAAGUAAAUGAACAAUUGUCAAUCGGAGCAGAGGUAGAGACAAGUCUCAUGACGCGAGAAAGUGUAGGUAAAGGUUGUUACCAGCUAGAAAUACCUAGUGGGAACGCUAUGUUUAAAGGUUCUUUUGAUUCAAACUGGGUAGCAGAAGCUGUGUUAGAAAAGAAACUGAUGCCCUUACCUUUUACCUUACAGCUUAGUGCUAUGGCUAACUUUGCCAAUGUUCAGAAGAGUUCAUAUAGGUUUGGAAUAGGUUUAGUUCUUGGCUGAGAGUUUUAACAAAAGACAUUGACUGUGAUCUUUAGUUAUGUUCACCUCAUCAUUUAAGGGAAGGUGAGCCUCUGCAUUUACUGACUUGUGCCUGGAGGGAAAGACAAAGCAUUUCUUCGGUGUUUUGAACACUUCUUCUUGACCUUUAGAUAAGGGACAUUACUCCGGGCAAUCUGAUUAUUUUUACCUGUACAAUAAUUAAUGAUUAAAAGUGAGUGUCACUUAUAAGCUGGCAUUAUGCUGUACUUAGAAUGUGUGAUAAUAUUAAACAGGUAGCUGUGUGUGGCAUUUGUAUCAAGCAUAUGACGUGUAGUAAUAUAUGCAAUGUAAAGCAUUAUGAUAAAAAAUAUUUAAUUUUCUUUCAAAAUCAUAUUAUUAAAGGGUAUUUUGAACUACAGCCAUGAAUGUUUAGUAAGGCAAUAAAUCUUGUCCUUUGAUUAUUUCAAAGUUUAAAAUUUUUAUGUUCAAUUUCAGGCAUUUACCGAUAAUGACAUGGCAUGAUUUAAUAAUUAUCAUUAUUUAAUAGAGGCAUUGCUUUGAUUACUUUAUGCAGAAUGAAUGCAUGGAUUUAAUUAUUUGAUAAUACAACAUGUUCAUCAUGAUAAUCAGUAUUUUAUUCUACUGAUUACACUUUUAGCUGGAAAACAACGUGUUCAGAAUGUUAUUGGCAUUGUUUAGUUUUAUCAACACUGCCAUCUGACUUUCAUCACCAUCUACAUAUUUGCUGAUUAUUCACUGUGUCAUUAAAGAAAUUUUAAACAAGCAA